AUGGACCCCAAUAGAUUCGGUCCCCAUCCGGCAUCCAGUAGAUCAUCCAUCCCUGUACUGACUGAGGACCAGAAAUAUGCCCUCCAGAAGCUGGAAGAAGCUGCCUGGUCUACAGAGCUGGAGCUUGAUCUAGAGCGUGGAGAUAUUUUGUUCUUGAACAACUGGGCUCUCCUCCACCGCCGGGAAGCGUACGACGACGACGAAACAACAUCCCGCCAUUUGAUUAGGCUUUGGCUACGAAGUACGGAGCAUGGAUGGCACGUUCCCCCGGAAAUGCUACUUCCUUGGCAGACGGCGUACGGUGAUGAAAUUCAAACUCGGAUUUACGCCUUGCAUCCCUCUCCGACGUACUCAACUCCCAAGUACUCGGUAGGAUCUGCUGCAUUUCUCAUUUAUGAUGACGAGGAGGAAGUUUAG